AUGCUAACCACCUCCUUCCAUCAUCAGGGCUCCCCCUUCGACAUCAAUGGCGGUGCCUGCGUCGCCAUGGUGGGCAAGGACUGUGUCGCUAUCGCUUGCGACCUCCGCUUGGGCAUGCAAGCCCUGACAGUUUCCAACAACUUCCCCAAGAUCUUCAACUACGCACCUUCAACCUAUCUCGGCCUGACCGGUCUCGCCACCGAUGUCAAUACCGUUUCUGAUCUUUUCCGCUAUAAGGUGAACAUGUAUCGCCUGCGCGAGGAGCGCAAUAUCGCACCCCAGACCUUGGCCAACCUGGUCAGCUCAUCGCUGUACGAGAAGCGUUUCGGUCCUUUCUUCAUCAGUCCUGUGAUUGCCGGUAUCAACCAAACGACUGGAAAGCCGUUCAUUUGCGGUUUCGACAGCAUCGGUUGUAUCGACUUGGCCAAGGACUUCAUCGUUAGCGGAACAGCUAGCGAGCAGCUGUUCGGUACCUGCGAGGGUCUGUGGGAGCCGGAUCUAUCCCCCGAGGAUCUCUUUGAAACCAUCUCCCAAGCACUCCUGGCUGCUGUGGACCGAGACGCCCUCUCCGGUUGGGGUGCCCAGGUUUAUAUCAUAGAGAAGGACAAGGUGACCCAGCGGUUACUGAAGGGACGACAGGAUUAA